UCCCCUCUAGCCUCAAGGAACCAUCCAAGACCUCAGCAUGCCUGGACCAUAUGCAGUACACAGAUUGGCCCUACCCUAGUCCCUCUGUGAUCUCCCCUGCCCAACUUUCUACCACUCCUGGGCUGGCUCCUUUUUCACUGGAAAUUCUCUCCUUUGGCAGUAAGGAGCUUGUAGCUCAGAGAGAGAGGGGAGGGGAGAGACAAGAGCCUGCCUUCAAGGUCACACAGGGUGACGGUACCCUCUCCAAGAUGCUCUCCGGCUCUCUGCCCACCUAGAACUUCCCCUUGGAACAUCCCCUACUGCCACAGGCCUGCCUGCCCAGGGGGUGCGGUUCCCCCGGGCCUUCCUUGUCCUACGGGCGGUGGAGCUGCCGGGCCGGAGCCGCUUCCUCGCUCAGCCGCGGUGUAGCAAGCAAGACAACACUGAGACCGCAGUCUCCGUAUCUAGAGCGUCUCCGGAAGUGAGUCGGGGAAGGCUGCGAGGAGCGGACCGGUGGAGAGCUGCGUGGCGGGCGUUUCCGGCCGGUAGCGGUGGCUGGGAGUCCGCAGUUCCUGAAAUGUGUGGGGAACUCAACGUUGAGAAUCCCAGGGAGAAGCAUUCCCAGCUCAAGCCAUCAAAUCUUCAUUAACCUGAAACCUGGACACUGUUGAAGGGGAAGCCGCCAUCUUCUGUCUGUGUGGAGGCCAAGUGUACCUUAGUAGUCCAGGGUAGCUCAGCCCUGUCACCUCCCCUGGAGAGAACAGCAGUUGCCUACACUAUUAGGACCUGAGGCCUAAGUGUGCUGGGGCCCCAAUACUAAAGGGAAACAGCCAAGAGACUGCUAUAGGCAAAGGACAGAGCUAAGAAUGGACUUGGCUUGAGCCUGGCAUCAGAUCUGUGGGCAGGUGGAGAAGAGAGGAAGAGACUGUGGCCAAGGAAGCCAGAAAGAAACAUAGGCAGGGAAGGACAGGCCCAGCUCAGCCUGGGUCGCCUCCUCAAUGGCCUCCAAGCAGGCUGCAGCCAAGGGCAAGGGGGAGAAGCGGAAGCGAGUGGUGCUAACCCUGAAGGAGAAGAUUGAUAUCUGCACUCGGCUAGAGCGUGGGGAGAGCAGGAAGGCACUGAUGCAGGAGUAUAAUGUGGGAAUGUCCACUCUGUAUGACAUCAAAGCCCACAAGGCCCAGCUGCUCAGGUUCUUCGCCAGCUCAGACUCUCGCCAGGCGCUGGAGCAGCGGCGUACCCUGCACACGCCGAAGCUGGAGCACCUGGACCGAGUGUUGUAUGAGUGGUUCCUGGUAAAGCGUGCCGAGGGCAUCCCUGUGUCGGGCCCUAUGCUCAUCGAAAAGGCCAAGGACUUCUACAAGCAGAUGAGGCUGACGGAGCCCUGUGUGUUUUCUGGAGGGUGGCUUUGGCGCUUCAAGGCCAGGCAUGGCAUUAAGAAGUUAGAUGCCUCUAGCGAGAAGCAGGUGGCUGACCACCAAGCUGCUGAACAGUUCUGUGGCUUUUUCAGGAGCCUCGCAGCUGAGCAUGGGCUGUCUCCUGAGCAGGUAUACAGCGCUGAUGAGACGGGGCUUGUCUGGCGGUGCUUGCCAAAUUCUACCCCGGAUGAUGGGACUGUGCCCCACUUCAAACAGGGCAAGGACAGGCUGACCGUCUUGAUGUGCGCCAAUGCCACAGGCUCCCACAGAAUCAAGCCUUUGGCCAUUGGGAAGGGUGGCGGCCCCAGAGCCUUCAGAGGCAUCCAGCACUUGCCUAUUGCUUACAAGGCCCAGGGUAACGCCUGGGUAGACAAGGAGAUUUUCUCAGACUGGUUCCAUCAUAUUUUUGUCCCCUCAGUGAGAGAGCACUUUAGAACUAUAGGCUUACCGGAAGACAGCAAGGCAAUUCUCUUGCUGGACCAUUCCCGGGCCCACCCACAGGAGUCAGAGCUGGUGUCAGAGAAUGUCUUCACUAUCUUCCUCCCUUCCAGUGUGACCUCCUUACUGCAGCCCACAGAGCAAGGCAUUCGCAGAGCUUUCAUGAGACUCUUUAUUAAUCCUCCUAUGGCCUUACAGGCCUUUCCCACCCGCCACAGCAUGAAUGAUGCCAUAGUCAAUGUGGCCUGUGCCUGGAAUGCUGUGCCUAGCCAGGUCUUCAGGCGGGCCUGGAGGAAGCUGUGGCCCACCGUGCCAUUCGCUGAAGGUUCCUCCUCUGAGGAGGAGGCCGAGUGCUGUAGCAUCAAGCCUCACAAGACUUUUGCACACAUCCUUGAACUUGUAAAAGAAGGGCCCUCCUGCUCUGGCAGCAGGCUUCAGAACAGCAGGGCCGAAGAGCGGGUUAUGGCAGGGAGAGACAUGGAUGAGGCCCCUGCUGCUGAGGCACCAGCCCAGGCCACUGAAUAUGCAGAAAAGUCAGAGAAAGAUACUAGUGAGGAUGAGGAGGCAGCCUGGGAGCAGGCAGCCACAUCCUUCGAGGCACUUGUGCGGUUUGCAGAGCAGCAGCCAUGUUUUACCAUGCAGGAGGUGGGGCAGCUGCAGGCGCUGCACACAGUGUUCAGGAGACAGCAGCAGCUGAGACGGCCCCGGGUGGCUCUCAGGGCUGUGAUCAAACUUGAGGCCCUUCAGGAGUGCCCUGGUGUAUGCAUGGGCACAACUCUCUCUACCUUGCCUUGCUCAUCCACAUCAGGUGACAGCUGAAGUACCUUGUUUGCACCUGCUGACCGCCUGCAGCCCUGCUCUAUAGCAUGUACAGCUGUGGGGCUUAGACUGCCUGCUAGGCAGGAGAGCAUACCCAGAUGAGGGAGAGAGCAGGCAGGGACACCAGCCCAGGAGCGUGGCUCCUUGUUUACAGAGGGUUCCAUAUGUUCUGGCUAGUGGUUUUAUUGUAUCUCUUAGCACAGAUAAUGUAUCAUUUGAAUGGCAGGAGACCUGUGGCCUCUCAGCACUCUGGAGCCUCCCCUAGCUGCAGCUGGGUCCAGUGGGCCAGUUCUGCGUCUGAUGUUGGAAGACUGAGCCACAUUAUCAGGUUGAAGUGCCUUGAGGGGUCACCUCCAGCCCUCAGGAGACUUGCUCUUCUCAACUGGUGAACCCUAAGCCCAGUCCUGAGGGCACUGGCUUCAGCACCUGACCUCAGUGUUCAAUUCCCCCACUACUAGUUGCGUAGGCACCAUGCCAUUCUCUUGGUCUGCACCCACCUCAGCCAUCGACAGAUUCAACAGCAACACUCUGUAGUGUCAGCAGCAGGCCCGACCUUCAGGGUCCAGGUCCCACGGAGAUACUGCAUGGUAGUUUCAGCAUUGCUCAGAGGCCAACAUGUCCAGAAGUCUGUGCUCCGCAGAACGUCGAAGUAACAGCCUUUAUGUGAACACUUUGCAUGACGUCACAGAACAGCACUUGGGGGCUUGGAGAUCAACGGGAUAGGUGGUACAUACUCCUGUGGAGUAUGUCUGCAUUGGUUGGUUCUGUGGAGACCAGUUCUCAGAGGACAUGACUUCCUGACCUUGUAGCUGAUGAGUAGCACUGUGGCUGCUCUGCCCGUGACUCCCAGUGCCCUUUGUCUGCAGCUGUUAGCUCUCCUGUUUUUUUCACCAUGGCUUUGUCCUUGACCUGCCCUGCCUGUGGGAGUGUAGCUGAACUGCCACAGUUUCCAUUCCAGUGGUCAACAGCUGCUUCACCAAGAGACCUUUGCCCAAAACUCUUGAGAGCCAGGGGGACUUGGGGAAUAAUGGUUUUGUGUUUCUAUGUGUGUCCAAAUACCGAGGAUGGUCCUAGACAGCUCUAGUUGUGGAUGGAUGUCUUCUUGUUUUACCUGCAUGUGUGAAAAUUAUAACUAGGUUG